AUGGUCUUCAAAGGACUCGUACUACAAGCAAUAUUCGCGCUGUUGACAACGCUGCAAAGCUCUGCGACAACGCUGGUCAAGCUGUCCUAUGGCUCUUUCGAGGGAAAGACAUCGGAAAACCUUGUAGAAUUUCUGGGAAUACCAUUUGCCUCACCCCCUGUGGGACCUCUCAGAUUUGCUGCGCCAGUAAAGCCGAAAGCGUUCCAUGGAACUCGUCAAGCCACUUCUUUUGCACCUGCUUGUCCCCAACAAGCAAUAAUGCCUCUUCCGCUGUUUCCGCCCACCAGUGUUCCUCCCGCCAACAUUUCCGAAGAUUGCCUCUAUCUCAACAUCAUCAAGCCAGCGAAAAUCGUACCUGGGAAAAAGCUCCCAGUUAUUUUCUAUAUAUUCGGAGGUGCCUUCGAGAUCGGAGACACGACGCAAGUCCAUGGCGAUAGCUUGGUCAAUAGGUCUCUGGACCUUGGAGAGCCAAUCAUUUACGUGGCAGCAUCCUAUCGUGUCAAUGCGUUCGGUUUCCUAGGUGGCAAAGAAGUUCAGGCUGCUGGGCUAGGCAACGUGGGUUUAUUAGACCAGAGAUUUGCUCUGGAAUGGGUUCAGAAGCACAUUGGGGCAUUCGGCGGUGACCCAAAGAAGGUUACAAUCUGGGGAAUAAGCGCUGGUGCAGUUUCCGUCGCUUUGCAUAUGUUGCAGAAUGAAGGAAGUACACAAGGAUUGUUCCGAGCCGGAGCUAUGCAAUCCGGUUCCCCGAUCCGUCUCCCGGGCAUUCUUAGGCAACAAAAAUAUUUCGACAGCCUCGUCGCCGACACGAACUGCACGGCAUCUACCGAUAGGUUGAAGUGCCUUCGAGAUGCGCCAUUCGACCAGCUGAUGGCCGCGAUCAAUCGCACGCCGAAUUUUUUAUCUUAUGAGAGUUUGAACCUCGCAUGGCAGCCUAUGGUCGAUGGAAAGCUCAUCGUUCGCGACCCCCUUGUUUCUUUGCAGCAGGGUAAAUAUGCGAAGAUACCGUUUAUUUCGGGGGAAAAUGAAGAUGAGGGAACGCUAUUUUCGUUGUCCACGACAAACAUCACAACCAACGCUGAGUAUCUUGAGUAUAUGAAAUCCAACUAUUUCCCGAACCUCGCGCAUGAGGAUUUACCGACUCUCGAGUCAGUUUAUCCAGACGAUGUUACACAGGGUUCUCCAUUCAAUACAGGAAGCGCAAACGCUUUAACCCCACAAUAUAAACGAUUAGCAGCGGUCCAAGGAGAUUUAGAAUUCCAAGCGCCACGUCGAUUCUUCUCUCGGAUUACAUCCAAGACGCAGCCCGUAUACGGUUUUAGAUAUACGCGUACCAGCCAGCCAGCGCUCCUGGGUGUUCGACAUGGCGCUGAUAGGGAUGAAUUCGUUGGAGAGGGUGCCAACCCUGAAUUUAUUGGCACGGAUGCACUCAUCUACCUUACGUGCAAUGGUGAUCCAAAUCCGCCGGAGGGUUCUAAGAGCUUGCUUCGAAAUGUCAAAUGGGAGCCUUAUAGUUCGUCUUUGGACCAACCGCCCUUACUCACCUUUGUCGACGGCGAGUCACGGGUUAAUAUCACGUUCGACACGCAUCGAAGCGAGGCGAUGGAGCUGUUGACUCGGCUCUCUUUGAACGAGAUUGUGAAGCCGUUCUGA